GUAGCUGCUUGCCGUCCGCUUCAACAACAACACCCGCCGCUCCACCAGCGUGGCUUUACCCCUAAGGUCAACCAAUAUCCCCGUUUUUACCUGGAUUGUCUCGAAAAUUCUUCUGACAACGUAACGAAUAAGAGGCAGCAUGGAGGAAGAGGAGCACUUUGUGAACAUAGACCUGAACGAUGACAAUAUUUGCAGCAUCUGUAAACUAGAAACGGACACGGGAACACUUUCCUUCUGCCAUGUGUGCUUUGAACUCAGCAUAGAGGGUAUAUCCAGCGCCACCUUACUGCACUCCAAAUCCCUACGUGGGCACAGGGACUGCUUUGAAAAAUACCAUCUCAUCGCCAACCAGAAGCUGUCCCGUGCCAAGGCCUCUCACAGCACGUAUGAGGGCGUGAAGCGGGCUCUGAGCCAGCGAAUCAACCGUAUUAUUCAGUACGCCCAGAACAGAGACUCUGUGACCCCCGAGAAUCCUGGCCGCUGGGGGGCCAAACAGAUCCUGUGCCAUACGCAGCAGGCUGGGAGGAAGCUCGUGCCCCAGUCGGAUGCCCAGGUUCCUCGUUACGCCCCGCGGUGGACAGAGGAGGCAUCGAUGGUGUCCGAAUCAGACUAUGGGAAAUCUAUGCUGGACUGUCACUCAGCAGAGGAGCUCGGCCUGGGACUGUGGCCUGGAGAGAGACCGCAGAAUCGAGAGCAGAGAGACUCCAGACAGAGGAGACACUCGGGACAUAGUCGAGAAGAAUUGAUGAGGAAGAAUGUGGAGGAGCUUCGGCAGCUGAACGAGCAGCUGCUGCUACAGAUACAGAAUGUGUUCGAGGAGCUCUCUGUGGUCGUUCAGGAGAAAGACUCUCUCUCGUCAGAGCUUCAUGUUCGACACAUCGCCAUCGAGCAGCUCUUCAAAAACUGCGCCAAGCUGCCCUGGCUACAGAUAGGCAGAGCGGGCGUCAAAGCUGCAAACAACCCAGUGGAAUAACAGAUCUUCAGGUCCCACGAAAAAAAAAAA